GAUCCUAUGGGUCUUUGCAUGAUCCGGGUUGACAUUUGACGUUGGUCCUUGUUCAAUAACAGCACAACGAUGAGGUAGAAGAAAACGCGAUUGACUAGGGAAUUAGUUGGAUCUUUGGGCUCCCCAACGGUUGGUCGGCACGGGGAGGAUGUCACAGCUUUUGAGGCUACUCUCGGCGGCCGCUCGGCCUCUGUGCUACCGGGCAGUUACGACCCGGCUUCACGCCGUCCCCACUGGACGUCGUUUCAUUGGCGGAUGCACGCGCUUCGCCGUGCUGAGUGCCCGUCCGACCGCGGCCGACUUUGUGUCCAUCCGUAGCUUCCGGGUGGCUCGGCGACGUCUUUAUUCCAAUGAGGCCAAAGAUGGGAAAGGAGAUGGCGCGGGAGCUCGAGGAGGACGGGCAGGAGGCGGGAAGAGAGGAGGGGGAGGAGCCAAAAAAGACUGGUGGAGUCAAAUGCAGAAGGGCGACUUCCCGUGGGACGAGAAGGACUUUCGCUAUUGGGCGGUCGCGGCGGCCGGCGCCGGCGCCACGCUGCUCUACUUGUACUUCCGCGACAACGGCCGCGAAAUCAGCUGGAAGGACUUUGUGCAGCGCUACCUGGGCCGCGGCACGGUGGAUCGUCUGGAGGUGGUCAACAAGCAGUACGUGCGCGUGGUCCUGAUGCCCGGCGCGGAUGCCGAAGGGAGCUACGUGUGGUUCAACAUCGGCAGCGUGGACACGUUUGAGAGGAACCUGGAGACGGCCCACUCGGAGCUCGGCAUGGAGACGUCGCGCCGGCCCGCCGUGGUCUACAGCUCCGAGAGCGACGGGUCUUUCCUGAUGAGCAUGAUCCCCACGCUGCUCCUCAUCGGCUUCCUACUCUUCACGCUGCGCCGCGGGCCCAUGGGGGCGGGGCCCGGGGGCGGCCGGGGCGGGCCCUUCGGCAUGAGCGAGUCCACCGCCAAGAUGAUGAAGGACAACAUCGAGGUGAAGUUCAAGGACGUGGCGGGCUGCGAGGAGGCCAAGCUGGAGAUCCUGGAGUUCGUCAACUUCCUCAAGAACCCGCAGCAGUACCAGGACCUCGGAGCCAAGAUCCCCAAGGGCGCCGUGCUGUCGGGCCCCCCCGGUACCGGCAAGACGCUUCUGGCCAAAGCCACCGCCGGCGAGGCCGACGUUCCCUUCAUCACCGUCAAUGGCUCGGAAUUCCUGGAGAUGUUCGUGGGCGUCGGUCCCGCCAGGGUGAGGGACAUGUUCGCCAUGGCGAGGAAGAACGCCCCCUGCAUCCUCUUCAUCGACGAGAUCGACGCGGUGGGCCGCAAGCGAGGCGGCGGCAACUUUGGCGGCCAGAGCGAGCAGGAGAACACGCUCAACCAGCUCCUGGUGGAGAUGGACGGCUUCAACACGGCCACCAACGUGGUGGUCCUGGCCGGCACCAACAGACCCGACGUCCUGGACCCCGCCCUCAUGAGGCCCGGGCGCUUCGACAGGCAGAUCUACAUCGGCCCUCCGGACAUCAAAGGGCGGGCGUCCAUCUUUCGGGUGCACCUGCGACCAAUCAAGUUGGACCCCGAUGUGGACAAGGACACGCUGGCCAGGAAAAUGGCCGCCGCCACGCCCGGAUUCACCGGGGCCGACAUCGCCAACGUCUGCAACGAGGCGGCGCUGAUCGCGGCCAGGCACCUCCACCCGCACGUGGGCCAUAAAGACUUUGAGCAGGCCAUCGACAGGGUCAUCGGAGGUCUGGAGAAGAAGACGCAGGUCCUGCAGCCGGCGGAGAAAAAGACGGUGGCCUACCACGAGGCGGGCCACGCCGUCACCGGCUGGUUCCUGCGGCACGCCGACCCGCUGCUCAAGGUGUCCAUCAUCCCCCGCGGGAAGGGGCUAGGCUACGCGCAGUACCUCCCCCGCGAGCAGUUCCUGUACAGCCGCGAGCAGCUCUUUGACAGGAUGUGCAUGAUGCUGGGGGGGCGCGUGGCCGAGAGCGUCUUCUUCGGGCGCGUCACCACCGGCGCGCAGGACGACCUCAAGAAGGUGACGCAGUCCGCGUACGCGCAGGUGGUCCAGUUCGGGAUGAGCGAGAAGGUGGGCCAGGUGUCGUUUGAGCUGCCGCGCCGGGGCGACAUGGUCCUGGAGAAGCCCUACAGCGAAGCCACGGCCGAGCUGAUCGACGACGAGGUCCGGGCGUUGGUGGAGCGGGCGUAUGCGAGCACCCUGCAGCUAGUCCAGGAAAAGAAGGACCUGGUGGAGAUGGUGGGCAAGCGGCUGCUGGAGAAGGAAGUCCUGGACAAGGCCGACAUGCUGGAGCUGCUGGGCCCGAGGCCCUUCGAGGAGAAGUCCACGUAUGAGGACUUCGUGGAGGGCACGGGGAGCCUGGACGAGGACACCAGCCUGCCCGACGGCCUGCGCCAUUGGAACCGAGAGCGCUCCGGCGGCAAGACCGAAGACGACGACAACGACGUUGAUGCCGACGACGCCCGGAACAAGCAGCAGGCCCGAUAGACCGCGGGCCCCCCCAGAUCGGACCCCGCCUCGGCUGUCAGGCCCGUGGACACUUUUAGAAUUAAGAAAGUAUUUAUUGGCUGCAAUUUUCCAUCCUUCAACUCAAGGAUGAAGAAACGUGGACCUUUCGGGCUCCUCAUUUUAGGGGCGGAGCCGUCACGAUGAUUUGGCUCGACACCGCAGCUCCGCUUACCCUUUGGCUUUGACGCCAUUGGUCCAGAGUGGCUCUUUUGCGGUGGGACUCGAUCCGCCUCCUCGUGGCCAGGCACUCCAGAUGCCUUCAUUUAUAGUCGUUUUUUAUUAUUAUUAUUUUUUUUUCAUGCCAUUUUUGGACUUGGUGCCACUGGCCCCGCCCACUGUGAUGUCACAGGAACUUUUUGGCACGUUCAACUCUUUUUUAUUUUUAUUUUUAUCUUCCCAAGUUUAUUCUAGGAAAAUUAAAAUGACAUUUGCCCCCCCCCCCCUUCACAUGUGAUUCUCUCUCAAAGAAAUCAACUUCACGUGUCUGAGAGGAACAUUUUUACACUUCUUUAAAAAAAACACUCCCUCUGUGACAUCAUUUUCAUGAUUUUCUUGCCUGAAAAUUAUUUUUUUCAAAACUUGUUCUCAAAUUCGAAAACAAUUCACGCGAGAUGAUUUUCAUUGUCACGUUGAUCCUUUUUGACAAAGACGACUUGAUGACCGUUCAAUUGAAAUGGAAGGAGGCCACUCAUGUUUCA